UAGUAGUUCUUUGGAUUCUUUGUUAUUUGUGAUUGAUUCAUAAAAAAAUAUUUUGUGAGCUAUUUCUAUAAAUAUUUGACAUAACACGUACUAUUCUCCCCUAUAAUCAUGGAUAGUAGUGUAUUUGAAAUGAAACAAGUUGUACUCCGCGAUCUUGAUUCCGUUUUAAAAAUCGAAGAUCAAAUGGUUGUGGAAAAUUAUACCACUAAAUCGUUGCUACCUCCUGGUGAAAAUUAUGGAAGUACAAUUUUCAGCGUUCAUAUUGAGUUGAAGAAUAAAAUUACAGAAAAGAAGGAAGAUCUUCAUCUUAUCGCGAAGAUGUGUCCACCAACAGAAUAUCAAAAAGAACUUUUUAAUAGUUCCCGCACAUUCAUAAAAGAAAUUUUUAUGUAUGAGACCAUUAUGCCGGCUUAUAAUAAAUUAGAAUUAGAAUGCGGAUUGAAAAAAAACGAAGUGUUUGAACUUUUGCCAAAAUUUUAUGGGGCUAGAUUGUCUUUACAACCAGAUGGAGAAUUUGAUGAAGACGCUGUUCUUCUUAUGGAGAAUCUAAAAGUUAAGGGUUAUUAUAGCGCCGACAGAGCUACAGGUUACGAUUUAGAUCAUGCGGGGGAAGCCGUAAAAGCUAUGGCCAGAUUCCAUAGUUUGGGAAUAGCGAUGAAACAAAAAAGACCGGGUAUAUUCGAGAUGUUCAAAAUGUAUGCGAAACCUUUACAACAUGCACAAACCACCUCAGAACAGAUGUUCGGAUUAAUAUUGGAACAGAUAAAGAAAGAUCCAGAAAUAAGUCCUCAUUUCGAUAGAUGUAAUAAAAUUUUAUCAAAAUUGAAACUGGAGGAAUUGUGGGCAGAUUCGUAUAGAGAACCAUGGAUAUCCAUCAUUCACUGCGAUUUCUGGGUGAACAACGUGAUGUUUCAUUGUAACGAUAAAGGAAAGAUAGACAAUGUGAAAUUCGUUGAUUUUCAAAUAUAUCUUUACGGAAGUCCUAUGCGCGAUCUGCUCUUUUUCCUUUAUUCUAGCGUGAAACUCGAAGUAACGGAGGACGAAAUCGACGCUCUCAUAGAUCUGUAUUAUGAAACUGUAAUAGACACGUUAAAUAAAAUGGGAUGCGACACGAGCAAAUUUAGCAGGGAAGGAUAUAAAGAGAAAUUGGCUGAGGAUGCUGUACGCGAGUUCAGCCAUAUAAGCUUUAUGAUAAAGAUGCUCACGUUAGAUACGAAGGAAAUCGAAAAUUUUGAUGUAAAUAAAAUGCACGAGGUAUUGGUUCAACAUACUGGAAAUGAGUUAUUUAAUAAACGAUUACGGAAACUGGUACUGUGUUUCGUACAACGCAAUUGGAUAUAGAUAAAUUAAAUAAUGAAGAAAAAUUAUAUCUUUUAUAAGCAUAAAGU